UCACAUAUUACAGGUGUCAAUAUGAUACUCUCAACAUGGCGUUGACACAGACGUAAGAUGAGGACAUUCAUGUUGCAUUUAAUGUUGUYUGUGGCUUAUUCUGGCUACAGUCAGGUGCUAUGAGAAACCAGACAAAAUCUCCAACGAAAAACGUUUGCAACACAAGGAACCUGAUCAACAAUUAGUUCAAAUAUAAUAUUAUUCAUGUGCUAGUUUAUGACAGUACAGUUCUAUCGUGGAUUAUUAUCAACCAAAUAUGAACAUGACAAAACAAGCAAGAUUUCCAACAGCACUUGAACGCAAUGGAGAAAGUCUGUUUCCCACUUUUCCCUGAAUCUCACGUCUGUCUUUGUGUUUCUGCUGUGACCGAACAGGCCACUGUCUCCUGCACUGCGUUGUACAUGUUUUACGGGUCGUCGUCUCAACUUUCUCAGCUCUUUUCAUGGUUCGCGCUUCACCUCAGAUAGCUGCCCUAGCCAGCAGACGGCAGCCUGGGAGCUAACACCCACAGCUCAGAGGAAGUACACAAGUCCAUGUUUCUUCCUGCACCUCCGCGAACAGAGCCAGCUCAACAUGGUGAGAGUUAUGGAGUACCUCCGUUACCUCCAAGACCCUCACCUUGUCGCCCGCUUUCAGCUUAUUUGCGGGAUACGGGGCACUCUUUCAGAACCUGUUCCUGCCGAUAGUUCAACCUCUGACAGCUGCAGGUCAGUAAAUAAGGCUCGUUCUCGCAACAACGGGGCUCUCCAUCAUCACACAGCCGGGGAAACAGGAGAUGAACAGUUGACCAGUAUGGGAGUUCAGAGGAGGAUCUCAGAUGUGACUGACCCUAGAAAACUCAAGCAUGACAUGGAAGACGCUCCCCCGAACGGGGCUGCUCUGUCCCCAGGCGGAGAAAGUGUCGCUGUGCGGGGCAGCACUCUUAAACCCCUCCGCAGAAAUUCUCUGACGGGCGAAGCGGGGCAGGAGUUUGUCAUCGAGAACCGCUUCUUGUUUUACUUGUUCACCUUCGGGACAGAGUUGGGAAACGAAUUGUUUUACAUCAUCUUCUUCCCCUUCAUCAUGUGGAAUGUGGACGCUUUCGUCAGCAGACGGUUGAUCAUGGUGUGGGUCUGGGUCAUGUACGUGGGACAGUGCACGAAGGAUGUGAUCGGCUGGCCCCGACCCGCUUCCCCACCUGUGGUCAAAGUGGAAAUGUUUUACAACUCUGAGUACAGCAUGCCGUCCACCCACGCCAUGUCAGGGACAGCCAUCCCGUUCUCCCUGUUCUUCAUGACCCAUGGCCGCUGGGAGUACCCUUACACCCUGGGCUUCAGCUUGGCCCUCUGUUGGUGUCUGUUGGUCUGUUCCAGCCGGAUCUACAUGGGGAUGCACUCAGUUCUGGACGUCAUCGYUGGCAUCCUGUACAGCAUCCUCAUCCUCUUCUUCUUUCUCCCUGCAUUGGACAUGAUUGACAGCUUCAACCUGAGCUCCCGCUACGCUCCGCUGGUCAUCGUUUCCAUACCCCUGGCCCUGGCCCUCUUCUCAUUCACCCUGGACACCUGGAGCACUUCUCGAGGUGACACGGCUCAGAUCCUGGGUGUGGGUGCUGGCGUGGCCCUGGCGUCUCAUGUAAACCAGCUCCUAGGUUUGAUGCCAGACCUGACGGCGGAUCAGCUCCCUCUCCUGGUGCCUACUGUAAGUGGCGGCCUGGUGUGUGGCGCUAUGCUGCGGUUGGUUCUGGGAGUGAUAGUCCUUGUGGCGAUACGGGCCUUGAUGAAGGCCAUCACCAUCCCACUGGUGUGCUGGCUGUUCAGGGUGCCCAGCUCAGACUUGAGGAAGGCCCGGCAGCAUGUGGAGGUAGAACUCCCGUACCGCUACAUUGUUUAUGGGACCAUGGGCUUUAGUGUGCUCUUCCUGGUUCCACUGCUCUUCAAGUACAUGGAAAACUCAUGAAUGGAUGUAGCUUCAGUGCACGGUCAGUCUCCAGGCAGGAAUUGGAGAGCCAGCAUUUCAAUACUGUUUUUACAUCUCCAACCAGACUUUUUCCUCUUCCACAGGAAGUUAGGGCCACAACUGACUGAGAUGCAUUAAAGCCUUAACACUGAACUCCUUCCUCUCUUUCUUAACCUUUCUGCUGUUUUUUCCAACAGACUCAGGUAAGCUCUGGAGCAGGAGGAGGGCGAGGGAGAAUUUCCUUUAAGUGGCACUCUUUUAAAAGAUGAACCUGUGGAAAGACAAACCUAUCUAUGUUGGUGUGUUUUUUUACACUAACCACACCGAUGCCUUUUUAAAGACAUAGUUCAAGAAUUUUAAUGAGAGGUUUUGCUAAAAGGUUAUAAGCAGGUAAUAUCUAACCUGCAGCAGAUUGCCUCUGAUUAGGCCUGUACCUGGUGCUUUCAUAGUCAUAUUGACCAUUCAAAGUGCUUCAACAUUACAGUCACAGUCUCCUUGCAGCACGUCCGCAUGAACACACCCAACACUGGAUCAGUAGGUAACUUGGRGUGAAGUGCUUCCUCCUAGGGGCCAGUUGGGGGAAUUGUCUUCAAAUACAAGUAUACAGUCCAAACUUAGGCACUAUGAUUAGACCAAAUGCAGACUACGCAGCUUAGCCACAUUUAUUUUAACACCUUGUAUAAUCAAGUAAAACUGCAUUCGGCAUUCUCACUUCUUAAGAUUGUGUUUCUCUUUAUUAUUAUUUUUCAAUGUUCCAUACMUUUUUCUGCACUCAAGUAAUUCUGCACUUAACUAAUUCUGCCAUUGUUUAUAUAUGAAUUUCAACAAUUCAUAUAUCAAAUCGUUCUGCUUCUUCUGGAGCAUUGUACUAUGACUUCUGGUAAAUUCAACUAUUAUACUUUUUGAAAUACAAUUACAAAUUUUUGCAGAUUUCAACCCCAUUGAAAUGCAUUGAAAUUCUUCAGAAUUCCACAAAAUUCAGCAACAACUUUUGCUCUUUUAUGGUUCACAACUUCUGUCUACUUCAACUUCAAAGCUCCAUUCAACUUUUAAGCAAGACACAAUAUGUUAAGAAAUCUUCAGAUGAUACCGCUUAUGCUUUUUCUAAAAUUCCAAUUUAAGUUUUAUACAGAUUUUUGGCCAUUGACAGAACUUGGCCAAAUGGGGAAAUUUUUCUGCCAUAAUCCAAGAGCACACAUGUGCUCUUGGAUUCUGAAAGCAAGAUUUAAUUUCUUUUGUUCUCAAAACUUGUAACACUUUUGCUUACAUUUUCAUUUUGAAAGCAGGACUUCAUGCCUUUCUUAAAACUUGUAAUGAUUGUACUCAAAGCUUCUCCUCACGCUCACACUUAGUCUCUGCUCUGAGCAAAUCUUUGCUUGUAAAACUCUCGCUCGCUUGGAAGAAUUUUCCUGCCAUAAUUUAAGAGCACAYAUAUUCAGGCUGAAAACARGUUAUCAUGUCUUUUGUUCUCAAAAYUUUUAAUACUUUUGCUUACAUUUUCAAUUUGAAAGCAGGACUUCAUGUCUUUCUUCUCAAAAUGUGUAACUCAUACUCAAAAUAAGAGUGACAGCUCUUAUACUCCUUGCACUCACACUUAGUAUCUGCUCUGACUCUCAACUCACUUACGAAACAUGAAACUGCCUUUUGGCACAGUCGCCUAGCAACCUCUCAACCAGUAGAAUAAAAGUGUUGUACUGGGUGUGUUUGUUUUCUUCUAGCAGGUGUGCCUGUGUGGCUACUAUCGAUUAUAGCAACCUGCGCCMCCCACGGGAUGUAGGGAGAAACAACAACGUCAGCUUUGUGCUCCGUGUUGCACUAAACAUCCGCCAGCAGUGUGCUACUGAUCGCUAACAGCUACUGAUCUUCAGCAGGAUUUUGUUCACCCAACCAAAAACAACAUAGUCAUGACAUGAUAUCUAUCAUGYGUAUCUAUCUUUACACCACUGUAUCCAACGCUUUGCAUUGCACUUGGUGAUGUUUGGCUUGGAUGCAGCUGGUUACCAUGGAAAUCCAUUACAUGAAGCUCUCUGUGYACUGUUCUUGGGCUAAUCUGAAGGCCACAUGAGGUUUGGAGGUCUGUAGUGACUGACUGCAGAAAGUUCGUGACCUCUUCGCUCUAUGUGCUUCAGCAUCUGCUGRUCCCACUCCGUCAGUUUUCUUGGCCUACCACUUGGUGGCUGAGUUGCUGUCAUUCCCAAACACUUCCAUUUUCUUAUAAUACAGCUGACAGUUGACUGAGGAAUAUUUAGGAGCGAGAAAAUUUCUUGACUAGAUUUGUUGCAUAGGUGGCAUCCUAUCACAGUUCCACACUGGAAUUCACUGAGGUCCUGAGAGYGAACCAUUCUGUUUGUAAAAACAGUCUGCAUGCCUAGGUGAUUCAUUUAUACACCUGUGGCCAUGGAAGUGACCAUGACUCCCAUAAUUUGGAUGGUUGAGCAAAUACUUUUGGCAAUAUAGUGUAUGUACUGCAGGGAUUGUGAGUUUGAUUGCAGACCAUGUYGGUUUUUGAUUGGUUUGUUUAGAUUGUGCUUCACAAUARCCUAACCAAACAAAAACCAACGUGCUGGGUUGUUUUUAUAAAAAACCAGAGCAUGUGAAGUAYAAUCCAAACAGAUUUACACUAUAUUUAGACUCCUGAUAAUGCCAUAAAAACAGUGAAAGUUUGCUUGUUCUUUAGAACUACUUUAUGAAAAUAUAACCCUAGUUUUACCUAACAUAUCUUGUGAAACUGUCACAUGUUUUAGCACAUCUUCAACCAUAAAAUGUUAAGGUUAUAACUUUCUCAUCACAAUCAUUUUUAAAAGCCCAGAUUAGUUUUGCAGGAGGCUGAGGCUAAUGAACAGUCUAAAGGGUACAUACCGUAAGUUUAAUCAGUCUCUGUUUAAAUAACCAUUCAAAUUAUUGUUAACAUAAAUUGCUUUGUUAGUUUUUAGAUGGUAGAAUUCUGCUUGACUAGCWUUUAGCUUCAUCCUCUGGGUCCAGCUACUGUAGAUUUGGUGUUCAUUUGGUAUUAACUAAAUGAACACCAAUAAAAUCUUCUACCACAGGUAAUGGUAACUGGCUGACAUUAAAAAUAACAGAACCUCACAUUAAAAAUACUGAACUGUCCCUUUAAUACCCCCCCACCCCCAACUCUGUAAAGCUAAAUUAUCCCCGAAGAUUAUUUUAUAAAGAUGUUAAAAUUUCAGUUUUAGUAUUUCUUUAAAUGAAACAAGGGCACUGUUAGAAAACUUCAUGAAUUUCACAUGCAAUAAAAUCUAAUUGAAAGAUAAAAAAAAUAAAAGAUUUAAAAAGAAAUGAGGCAAUGACUUUCUCAGACAGGAGAAGCUAAAACUAUUUUGUUAACCCACUGAAUGUUCAGAUGUGGUUCUUUAUUCCAAAGAGUUUCCUUUAACUCCUUCUAUUCCUUUGACUGAAAACGUUCAUGAUUGUUUAAGACCCAACACUGUUUGUGUAGUGUGUAUCGGUGUGUUUAAAGAUGGUGAUCUUGUAUAUCUUACAGAACCUCACAUUAAAAAUGCUGGUAUAUAUGAAACUGAUAUAUUUAAGGUUUCCUUUAAUUGCACAUGUGCAGUGGAAUCCACCGUACAAACUACUGAAGGGCUUUUCCUAUUGUUUUGGCUUUUAUAGACAACAACCUUCCAGUUUGUCACUCUGGGGUAAAUUGUUGCUGUUCCUCCAACACAGUGAAAUGUUUCUCCUGAGCAGUUCACUCCUUCACCAAGUCUUCCCUCACUUCUUUCUUGUGCAUAACCACUUUGUCCCUUUCUUUUUCUACUACAUCUCCUUAAACUGAUUAUUUUCUAACUAAGUACUUUACAUUUUCACAUCAGUUUAUUUAACUUUAACACUUCUCCUGAAUUUAAAUUCGGUUAUGUGUAUAAUUCAACUGAACACGCUCACGAGCCGCCAGGUUUUCUGAAGAGAAAAUAAAUUUUAGAUUUCAUAUUUUACAGAUAUACAGAAAACUGACAAAUAUGUAAAAAGAUUUAGUCGUUGAAAGUUUGACUAAAACCAAAAUGAAUACAGCAAACUAAAUUCUACCUAAAAAAAAUAAUUACGUCUUUCUGAUAGAUCACCUGUAUUUGAGUAAUAUAAACUAAUUUGUAUGACGGUUAAAGUGACCAAUUUAGCAGAURGGAUACGUUCUUUGACACAUUGCUCUUUUUGUACCUCAAAAGCAGGUCUGAACGGCACAGAAGUGCAAUAGUAUGAAAUGGCGAAGGGGUGAGCUGAGCAGCUCUGGAACAUGUCUCCGUUUUUUAUUUUGAUGAUUGCUUUUUGCUUUUUCCUGUUAGUGUGAACCCUCGUGUCCUGUUUAGAUCAUUUGUGAUGAAAUACAUAUUCUACUUGUAUUGAAGAUUGGUUCUGCCAUAGCUUGAAUAUAAACUUAUAUUUCAAAUAUGAAGAGGGACAUUUGUACGAAAAUAUUGCUUUAUAUAAGUCUGUUGAUGGGACUGCAACCCAAAAGAGUGAAAUUUUUGUAUGGCCACAGUCAAUUCAAYGUGAAAAUAUAAUCUAUGCAUACAGGACUGGAGUAUGUCACACUGCAAGCUCCAUUUAUCAGUCCAUCAAUAAAUGGAAACCAAGUUCCAGAAGUUCAUCUUCCUGUUAGUGUCAGACACUAAGAUAAUGGAGAGAAAGAAGAGGAGACAGCAACUCAUAGCUGAAAAAGGAGGACAAAAACUAGAAAGGGUAUCUUGCAACAUUUUCAUUUUCCCAGGUAAUAUCAGACUGAUAUCUGCCAAAGGUCUUCUUUGGUUGAGAAACAACAGAAUUGGUGUAUUUGUCACACUGAACAACCACUAAUAUUGGCUUUUGCAACCUGACUUUUCUUCUAAUGUCAUUUAUUAGAAAGUUUGUUGAAAAAGGCACACAUGGUAUAAACCUGACUUUAAUAAACAAACAGUUUCUCUGAGCUACAUUUAGCUAAUGGGUUGUCUGCCGGUUGGCUAACUGCUAACUGGCUACCUGCUGGAGCAGAUAGCUGGGCUAGUUAUCCCCCUGAUUCAGGUUGGGGUAUUCUGUGAAGAGCAGAACAGCAAAAAGGUYGAAUAUUCUGGACAAAAUGAAUGUAAAACAUAAAAAAAAACAACAACAAAAAAAAAACUUAUAGACGACAUUGUUCUAACUUUAAUAAUUAGUGUUAUUUUAGCAGCAGAAGGAAUAUUUGUUGGGUGUGUGUGGAUUGCAAGCAAUCAGUCAACAAUCAAUAUCUGCAAGCAGUCAUUAUUUAAUUAUAAAGUGAUUGUACACAAUGUCCUUUCAUAAGAAGAGCAGCAAUUGACCACUUAAGUGUUAAUUAUGUGUUUCCGUGUUCCAAAGGUUACAUACAUGUUUUUAUAUAAAUCUGUAACAUUUCAGAAAGUGUCCUACAAUCAAUUGCUCAUUGUCUUUGCUUAUAGUAGAUUAUAUUUUUUAAUGAAAUUAUUUAGUUAUGAAGGCAGAACCCAAAACAUUUCUGAGAUAUACUGAGUAGACUAUCAUACAGAAAGUUUUUAAUAAUCUAUUUCCUGAAUUUUUAAAUCUUUUUAGAAUAUUUAAUCUUUUAUUCUGCUUUGCACUGUUUAAUUUGUUUUUAAAUCGGGAAAACAUUCCUGUCAUUGAAUGGCAUUUUGGGGUUUCCAUUUAUGAGGCUCCCAGAUAAACAUGUCAUGGGUUGAUUUUAUUGUUUUUUUUUUUCAAUAAAAUAAAAAAAUAAUAUAUAUA